AAAGGAAGCGGAAGUCCGCCGGGAUGGUGCUUCAAAAUUAAAGCAUGCAAUUGGCAAAAAUAACUUAUUCUAGAUUCAUCUGUUACGUGCAAUGAAUCGGAGAUGAUAGAUGGUUUCAUGUUCGCGUCUGGUGGAGGGGCAGUUUCUUUUGCCCCUUUCUAGUUUUGGCAAUGGCUCCACACAAGCAGAGUUCCUCAGGUGGAAGCCACUCAGUGGGUUUAGGUCCUGGAGGAAAAGCCAACGGGUUACACCAGUCGUCUUCUGCUAUGGCUGCAGCGAAGAAGCCCAACAUGCAACUCGUCCAAGCCGACCACGAGUUGUUUCUGCAGGCCUUCGAAAAACCAACCCAGAUAUACCGGUUCCUCCGCACCAGGAACUUGAUCGCUCCUAUAUUUUUGCACAGGACACUCACCUACAUGUCUCACAGAAACUCAAGGACCAACGUCAGAAGGAAAAACGUCAGGGUUGAUAAUCUGCUGUUCAAAGUGGAGAAGAUGAGGGGAGAACAGGAGACUCAGAGCUUGGCCUCAAAUCUGCAACUCACCUUUACUGGUUUCUUUCAUAAAGCUGGGAAGUCGUCUCAGAACUGUGAGAAUGAGCAGAACUCUGUGACUCUGGAGGUGCUGCUGGUCAAAGUGUGCCACAAGAAAAGAAAGGAUGUAAGCUGCCCAGUGAAGCAGGUCCCCACAGGGAAGAAACAGGUUCCCCUGAACCCAGACACAAGCGUUGGAGUCCAAGCAAAGCCAGGGUCUUUUCCCUCUCUGCUCGUCCCCAGCAUCGAGUUUGAACCCAGCAACUCACACAUGGUGAAAUCUUACUCACUGCUCUUCAGAGUAUCAAGGCCUGGGUACCCUCACACACCAAUCAACAGUCUGACCAAUGGAGAGAAUCACCGCAGCAGAGAUUUUACAGAGGAAGUGGUAAACAGGAAGAGGCGGAGCUCCUCGCUCAGGGAGGAGGGAGAAACCACAUUUGUAGCUCAGAUGACAGUCUUUGAUAAAAACAGACGCCUACAGUUGUUAGAUGGGGAAUAUGAGGUAUCAAUGCAAGAGAUGGAGGAGUGUCCUGUCAAUAAGAAGAGGGCGACAUGGGAGACAAUCCUGGAUGGAAAGUGUCUUCCUCCAUUCGAGAGUUUCUCUCAGGGUCCCACCCUGCAGUUCACCCUGCGCUGGAUCAGUGAUUCCUCUGACCUCUCCACUGCACCUGUGGCUAAACCUCUUGCCACCCGCAACACCGAGACGAAUCAGGACACCAGACCUAGCACCUUAAGAGCAACACACACACAGACUGUUAAAGAAUCUAUAAACGCAGACAUGCAAACAAGAAGAGAACAAGUCCUUGCAGAGCCCAGACAUAAACUACGCAUCUUUUACCAGUUCCAGUACAACCACAACACUCGGCAGCAAACUGAGGCCAGAGAUGACCUCCACUGUCCCUGGUGUACGCUGAACUGCAGGAAGCUGUACAGUCUGCUCAAACACCUCAAGCUGUCCCACUCCCGUUUCAUCUUCAACUACGUGCCCCAUCCGAAAGGAGCAAAGGUCGAGGUGUCCAUAAACGAGUGUUAUGAUGGUUCAUAUGCAGGAAAUCCCCAAGACAUCCACAACCAGCCGGGUUUUGCCUUCAGCAGGAACGGACCUGUCAAAAGAACUGCUGUCACGCAUGUCUUAGUGUGCAGACCGAAGAGGACAAAGCCGAGUCUGUCGGAGUUUUUGGAGUCGGAGGACGGCGAGCGUGAGCAGCAGAGGACGUACAUCAGUGGACACAACCGCCUCUACUUCCACAGUGACAGCUGUGUGCCACUUCGGCCCCAGGAAAUGGAAAUGGACAGUGAAGAUGAGAGGGACCCCGACUGGCUUAAAGAGAAAACAGCCAAGCAAAUCGAGGACUUUACAGAUGUUAAUGAGGGGGAGAAGGAAAUCAUGAAGCUGUGGAACCUGCAUGUGAUGAAGCAUGGUUUUAUAGCGGACAACCAGAUGAACGAGGCCUGUCUGCUCUUUGCUGAACAUCAUGGCAGCUACAUUGUCAAACAAAACCUCUGCCGUAACUUCCUGCUGCACCUGGUCAGCAUGCACGACUUCAACUUGGUCAGCACUCUCACCAUCGACCGGGCCAUGUCCCGACUCCGCCUGAUCCAGAGCCAGGGUGCUCAGCGCGACAAAGGCAGAGAGGAGGAGGAGGAGGAGGAGGAGGACUGGGAGACUGCUGUGGAGUCCCAACCAGAGCUAGAUCCUGAUCCUGAUCCCGAUCCAUCAGAGUACACACCCUGUAGUGAUGAGAAUAGCAACAGCUGCCUGGAGACUGGAAACCAGCAAGCAAAAGAGAACAGAGCAGUGAUGGAACAACCACCCACUAAGCAGAAACUGUGCAGCUCUGGUUCAGUUUUAAACUGACUGUUCCUUCAGAGUUGUAAACUUCAAAAACACAACUUUAGUCUGGAAAGUCAGCUACAGCCGAACAAACAGGUCUAAAAAAUACUCCAAUUACUGCAGGGAUGAUGUUUUCAAGGGCAGAAUACGCAAGAAACAAAAUGAACUUUGAGUGUUUUUCUUUUUCACACUCGUAGAUCAGAUGCCUCGGACCCAUUCACCGUGUCAUAGCACAUCAUGGAGGAAGAGAAAACUUGAAGGCUUCUUUUUUUUUUUUUUUUUUUUAAAUGGUGACUUUCUGCUUUUUCCUGUGUCCUGAUAGAGACUGUGGGUGUAUACAAAACUAUGGAGCAAGCACAAAAUAAAUUCAGCUCUUGAUCUGGAUUUGUAAGAGCAGAGUGAAGAAUCUCUUGGUCUCAAUACUGAAAAAUAGUUUUUCAAAACUUCUCAUGAUUUCUUUAGUAAACUUCAGUGUGUAUUAAAGGAGCAUGGUAGCUAAUGCUAAAGUGUUUAUUAGCUGGACGACAGUCUGACACUAGCAGGUGUCCUAUCCAGGUCCUGCUGAUUCUUUGAGGCCCUCCUUCGCAUCCUCCAGGAUCAGACUUGUCCAUUCAUUCGGUUUUGUGCUUAUUCCAUAGUUUUGGCUCUAAAUUGUAAACAGGAUUAUUUUUGUCUUCCUCAGUGUGAAUGACAAUUGCUGAGCUUCAUCACAUGCUCAGCUACACCAAAGGUUUACAUGCACAAUGUCAGUAACGGGUCCAAUUUGAUUGCUCCCCAUCUGUACCCACCCUACCACUAUUCUAUACUGUUUAUUCUCAUGGUGACUAUAGAACUGCUUUGGUAUUUGGUGUCUGAGUCCUUGAUUAGAUGCCAUUGUGGCCAACACUAGGCACUCACUGAUUUCUUUCUUUAAGUGUCAUACCAGUGUUUACAAUAUGCUGAGGAACGUAGGACUGGAUUAAAAACCAAAACAAUCACAACAGGGACACUACUGUGCAUGCGUACACACUGUAUUCCCAGUACAGUUUGUACAAAUGGUGCUACAACUUUCAUUUCUUCAGACACUUGGAUAUUUUUAAACAUCUCAAUUUCUUUACUACUAGUACUCACAAAGUCCAAGGUGCAUUUAUAAAACCAGCUCAGUGUUGUCCUCCUGGUGCUACUUCAUCACCUCCACUCAGCUGCAGGACCAUAGAUAAACUGCGUUCGACUUCAUGAAUCACUUUCUUUUUGAAAACCUCAGAUGAAGAAAGCUGAAUUUCUUUUGCCAGUACCUAACUUGCUUCAAAAAAGCACAGCCACCUUUUGUAAAUGUGGACCCAACAUGGGCUAAAGUGUGUGGGACAUGUCUAGCACGUUUGUCACAGCAGUUACUGAAUAUUAUGCGCUGCUUUGUUAUUGUAAGAAACUGAUGCUUCUAAAAACAGUUCUUUUUACGCUGUUUUACCGAUUUUUUUACUGACAAAUUUACGGAAUAAUGGGUAAAAACAUUGAUUAAGUCCACAUCUUCAAAGGAGGCUGAGCACAGGUCGAAGCGCAAGCCCAACAGUAAGUGAAUUUAUAACUUAUUUUAUUUUUGUUUUGUCUCUCAGUUGGUUCUUUGCUUUUGUCUCGUCCUUGACGUUGCUGUGCCUGUUUGCUGCACCUGUCAUGUAAAAUAGACUCUGUCAAUGUGUAAAAUAGCUUUUCAAUAUGGUUUUGGAAACCUGAACAUCAUCUUGGAGGUUGUCUUAGUUUACAGACCAAAGGGGCUGAAAUUGCUGCAGAUGUCUUUGUUCUUAUUUCAUUUCCUGUAGAAAUAUGUCAUUUUUGUAAAAUAAUAAUCAUAAAAAAAGAAAGAUUUCUGCAAAUCUCCUUCAACAUUCUCCAAACAUCUUCAAUUAACCUUCGUUUGGCACUGGUAGCACAUGAAUUAUGAUGCAGCAUCUUGACUGAAUGCAUUUAAGUUCUACUACAUCACUUUGAACAGCUCUUGCACAAGUAAUGAGUUUUACCAAGAAUGUUUGGAUUAAUUAUUUGCAAUUUCUGAUAUUAUUCUCCCGCUGUUUAAAAAGCUUUAGCUCAGCCAGAAGCCUCUGACUGAACCAGUGAGUAGGAGUCUGGUUUCCUGGGGGUUUUUCAGAGCUGUUUGGUUCAUGUGUAUCAUGCAGAGCACUUUUCUGUUGUUCAUUCACAAGAGACCAGCAGCAUUUUGCACAAGAAGUGAAGAGCCAUGACAACAAAACACUUUUCUUUAACAAUGAUGUAAAACCGGUGAGACAUCUUGACUUGAGUCAGUGUGGUUUUCUAUUAAAAGAGCAAUUUUGUAUUA